CUAAAUAUCGGCUUCGGGCUGUUGAGGCCUUGCCUGCAAAGUGCCCUCACUUCACAGCUAACAACUAAUUAGCAAUGGUACUGCUUCAAUCGUUGAAAACAAACCUUCAUAGUACCAGUAGCUCGCCGCAAACCUUUGCGGUGCCGGCGCCAGCGGUCAGCGCGGUAGCGUUUCGGCCGACCGGCCAGGCCGGCCAUGGCCAAGUCCUUCUUGCGACAUCCUUUGGCAUCGUGCCGCUGCGGCUCCCUCCACCUGGAGAGGAUUUGACUAUUGAAAAGCCGCGCGUGGAGCCACCUGUGCCCCUUCGCAAUGUCCAACACUCAGGAUUCGACCACCAGCGCAUUUUCGAUGCCAGCUUUGACCCGCUGUCGGGCUUCGUACUCAUGGCGUGCGGCCACUCGCUGUACGGCAUUGACGAGUCAAACCGCGUUGACUGCCUGGCGGGCGACCCGUACGCUGGGGAUGGCGCAGUGCUCGUGGACGGUCCAGCUGUACAUGCACGGUUCACUGGCGCCCAGAGGCUGGCGGCGGCCGGAGGCGGGCUCACCUUCAUUCGCGAUCGCUGCAGCGCCUCCCGCAACGGCUUCUUGCUGCGGGCGCUGCACGAGCUGCCGCUGCCGGCGGAGCAGGGCGGCGGCGGCACGGGGCUGCGCGCCGCCACCACUGUGCACAUGGGCGCGGCGGGUGACGUGGGGCCGCACACCUUUGCCUACUGCCCGUCCAGGAAGAGCCUCGUGUAUGCGACGCGGGGGCGGGCGCUGCACCAACUGAUGCCGCACGGCGUGACGCGGCAGCUGGCCGGCAACGACGAGCCGCUCGCAUCCGCCGCCGCCGCCAACAGCGCCGCCGCGGCCGCCUCUGCAAACGACUCAGCCUCUGAUGACCCGGACUCUGCGGUGGCGAUGUCGAGUGGCGGCGCCGGCGGCGGCGGCGGCCGCAGCGCCGGGCGGGGCGUGCCGCAGGAGGAGGAGCUGCGGUAUGGUAUGGGCGCGGGCGGCGGAAUGGACGCGGGCGUGAACCCGUGCCUCAUGUGGCCGGGCGCGUGCUCCUUCAUGCCCUUUACGAACAUCCAGGCGGUGGCCGCGGACCCAGACGGCAGCGGUGAUAUCUACGUGCUGGACGGCGUCAGCGGCUCAUCCACGACCCUCAAGGUGCUGCGUGGGGACGGCCAACUGGACACACUGGCGGUAGGCCUGCGAAUUGGGCCCAAGGGCAGCGGGCGGUGGCCACGGCUGGCGGCGCUGCCUGGGCGGCGGCUGAUCAUUUACGGCGUGUCGCAGCACGACCUCAUGAUCCUGCAGCUGUAGCUGUAGCUGUGGCUGUGGCUGUAGCUGCGGGGGCUGUAGCUGGAGCUGUGGCUGUGGCUGUGGCUGUGGCUGUAGCUGCGGGGGCUGGCUGCAGCUGCAGGCAGCGGCUGUAGCAUCCGCGCUGCUUCAACAGUCGGCUUGGCCUGGAUGGCAGUGGCAGCGGCGGUAGCUGAGGCCGUCAAGGCUGCCUCGAGCUGGUACUGAGCCAAUGAAAGUUUAAUCUUAUUUUAUUCCUUUACCCUUUUGUAGUUGGGUGGGUCUUGAGCGGCGGCUGUCACUGCAAAUGUCGGCGGCGCUUUUGGACGCAUGGUGACGGAUCAGAAGCAUGGUGACGCAAUCAACAUGAUCUGAGGAGGAUCUCUCGCUCUCGCCGUCGGUUGUCCCGAGCCGCCAGCCCCACGUGCGGUGAUUUGUUUUCGACUGGGAGAAUGACCUGAGAUAAAUGCAUUCUUUGAAUUUACUGCCGUCCAUGCGAGGCAGCCCACACUGGACAAUGGUCGCCUUCGUGAUUUGUGGGCGGCUGAGCAGAGUCCUGGAAAUGUGGUACGGGCCUUGCUAGGGCGUCUUUGCGGCAGGUGUGUCAGCAGUCGUACUGACUUUGGCCCUUCUUUGUCUGGCCUGAGAACCAUUGGCAGCGCAGCGGAGUGUUCGCGCUGGCUGCUUUGAGGGCUUCAACAACUAAAAUGGCAUGCGUGACUGACGGCGCCUCCGCACCGCCCGGACGCGCUUGGCCCAUGGUGCCGGCGCGCGUGGGUGCGGACAGGGUAGGCAAGGCAACGCAUGCGAUAUCCGUAACGGCAGGAAGGUCUGGUACUGGUGUGGCGGCACUGCUGAUGACAACCAUUCCAUGCGACAGUUUGUUGAGUUCGUUCAGUGAUAACAGUAAUUGUCUAUUGAUACUGUCACAAAUUACGUGGUAUCAUACAAUGGUCCGGGGCAGAUAGCGCUGGUGGUUUAAGGGAAGCAAGAUGACAAGGAGCGUCCUGGCCAUGCAGGUUGGAGGUGUUGACUUGGUUUGAGCAUCUUGUGUAGCGGGCACAGGUUGCGGCGGAUAGGGGCUAUAGUGUCAACUGUAGCAUGCUAGCUGAGUGGCUGUGCAAAAGAAUAAGGCCAGAGGCGGAUAAGGAGGCCAGCCAGGACAGGGGAGGAGUCAGGACAACGCGGUGCGUGUUGCCUUGCUUGGGCAGUACGGUAUGUCCGUGCCGCGCCAUGGUCUUCUUAAAGUUGUUUUACUAACUGGCAGGAAGAUUGGUUGUCUGCACCACUGUAGUAGUCUGAUGUUCAUGCCUAGGUGCUUGAGGAGGUGCUGCUUGCCAAAGCGGGGGACGGAAUGGGGCGACAGGUUCCGCCUCCGAGCA